AUGGAGUACCCCACUUUGCGCAUGGACGCCUUUAUAGGCGACAUCUUCAACUACGACGCUAAGCUGGUCGACUACGUACGGAAGCUGUUCGGCUACGCCCUCAAUAGCCAUACGCGGGAGGAGGUGUUCGUGCUCUUGCUCGGAAAGGGUGGUAAAGUCAUUAUCUUUUUGGUCUCGGAUCCAAGACUUAGUGGAAUCGUGCAACGGCUUGCAAUCACCGACGAGACGGCCGAGGGGGAUCAGGUGGACCUCGGUCUCGUCUUGGCGGCAACGGGGGGCAGCUCAGUAAAAGCGCGGUGCCUCUAUAUCAACAGCGUCGAGUUUGUUGUCACGCACACACCGUUCGUGCAAACAAACUACCCUCCUGCGAUCUCCGCAACAGCGAUUCCGGACAACGUCGAGCGCCGACUGCGAGCGAUCCCGUUCCCCAAUACCUACGUCAGAGCAAACGCUUUUGACCCCACGAACGCAACACACCGCCUCAGAGACGACCACUUGAAGGAACGCAUGAAGGAAGAGGAGUCGCGUCGGCAAAUCCUUACUUGGUUAGCGCGCGGCUCGGUGGAGUGGUACGCCAGUGCAGAGGGUCUUGGUUCUCCCCCCAAGGCCGUGAAGGAUGCAACGGACGAGUACUUGCGCGAGGCGGACAAACUCCAACUGUUCAUCGACCAACACUGCGAGGUUGGAGAGGGAUUGUCGACACUCCAGAUUGAGUUUGCAGCCUGCUUUAGGCAGUAUUCCUCCGAGAGAAUCUCGAAUGAGGAGUUGAUGAGGAAAAUGGCUACGAAGGGAUUCAAGAGGGCCAAGAACAAUGAUUCGCCACGGCAGUUCUACUAUCCAAGGAUCAGGUGCUCGUACACUACUUGA